AUGGUGCUGCCUGAUUUAGUGGACUUACAGGGGGACCGUGAGUGGACUUAUCUUGCAUGCAAGUGUUGUGGUAAGAAGGCUUCUCUAGAUGGCCAUGGAUAUUUCUGCGAGAAGUGCAAUACGGUGGUCAAGUAUGUUAUUCCUAGAUACAUGGUCACAGCAGAAGUUGUGGAUGACUCUGGAUCAUGUCACUUUUUGAUCUUUAAUCGUGAGUUUCAGAAGUUGGCUGGAUGCCUUGCCUCUGAGCUCAAGGAGCAUGCCCACCAACAAAAUAUUCCAUCAGACUAUGUGGGUGGGUCAUCAUUUUCAUGUCGAGUUAUACGUAUGAUUGAUGAUAGAGAUGUUAUAGAUACUUAUCUUGUUUCUUUGAACGACUACCAUGAUGGCUCCACCCACAAUCCUGGCGGAGCUGUUGAGGAGCAGGGCACCAGCUCAUCGGUGGUCAGUGGUAGCGAUAAGAGCGUGAACGCCACAAUAACCCGGGAGGUAGACGUGGAUGAGCUUGCUGGGGACCCACAGCCUUCAGCUAAAAAGAAGCUCAAAUUUGUUGUGAAGGAGUAG